CCCUUGAACUCUCACCUCCUUUGUCUCCUCUCGGCCUGCUCUUCCUUCUCGUAAUCAAUCGUCAAAUUCAGAUGGAAUUCGCAGAGAUCUAGAUCCCCACCAAGUUGCUUAAUCUUCGAUAGUUUGAUGGGUUUUUGCGAUGAUGGGAACCCGAGGCCCCUGGUGAUAUUUUCGUCUUUGGAUUUAGGUUUAUCGAGUCCGGUCAAUUUCUUUAAUGUGGCAGAGAGAUGAUGAAGAGGCGUCAAUGUUGGAUUGAGCUUAAAUAUGAACUCUGUAAUCCAUUCCGGCACAAGUGUUGUCCGUAAAGCUUCUCACUUUCUCUCAGUCUCGAGGAAAUUCUUCUGCGAUGGUAGUAGCAUCGUUGGUGAUGAAACCGAUAAUGGUAUCGAAGAGCCUUUGAAGGUAACAUGGGAAUCUUCGGAGAUGGAUUGUGGGUUUGCCGAGGAACGUAAAGAAAGCUCCGGUCUUGAGGAAACCUCUGUUAGGAGAAGGUUUUUGGAAGGUGCUAAGCUCGGUGCUUCCCAGGUUCUCAGUACUUUACAGCAAGAUUGUCCCGGAUUCAAUACGAAAUCAGCUUUAGAUGAGUUGAAUGUUCCAAUCUCAGGACUUUUGGUGAGAGAGGUUCUUGUUGGGAUUCUAAAGACUCUGAGCUUUGAUAACAAGACAAGGUGUGCUAAGCUAGCUUACAAGUUUUUUGUGUGGUGUGGUGGACAAGAUUGUUUCAGGCAUACGGCCAAUUGUUAUCAUCUACUUAUGAAGAUCUUUGCAGAGUGUGGUGAGUAUAAAGCCAUGUGCAGGCUAAUAGACGAGAUGAUCAAAGACGGUUAUCCAACAACAGCACGCACUUUCAAUCUCUUGAUUUGCACAUGCGGCGAGGCAGGCCUUGCAAGAGAAGUCGUGGAGCAGUUCAUAAAGUCGAAAGCUUUCAACUACAGGCCUUUCAAGCACUCGUACAACGCGAUUCUGCAUUCGUUGCUAGGUGUGAAACAGUACAAGCUGAUUGAUUGGGUUUACGAGCAGAUGCUAGAAGACGGGUUUUCACCUGAUGUUCUGACUUACAACAUUGUAAUGUUUGCAAGCUUUAGGUUAGGAAAAACAGAUCGGCUUUACAGGUUGCUUGAUGAGAUGGUUAAAGACGGGUUUGCUCCGGAUUUCUACACAUACAACAUCCUCCUCCACCACCUAGCCACAGGGAAUAAGCCUCUCGCAGCUCUUAACCUUCUAAAUCAUAUGGGGGAAGUAGGAGUAGAGCCCUCUGUGAUCCAUUACACUACUCUGAUAGACGGGCUUAGCCGAGCCGGGAAGUUGGAAGCUUGCAAAUACUUUAUGGACGAGAUGGUGAAAGUUGGAUGCUUGCCUGAUGUUGUUUGUUACACUGUUAUGAUUGCUGGUUAUAUAUCAGGUGGGGAGCUCGAGAAAGCCGAGGAGAUGUUCAAAGAGAUGACUGAAAAGGGGCAACUCCCAAAUGUUUUCACGUACAACUCCAUGAUCCGCGGGUUUUGUAUGGCCGGGAAAUUCAAAGAGGCAAGUUCUUUACUCAAGGAAAUGGAGUCGAGAGGGUGUAAUCCUAACUUUGUGGUGUAUAGUACGCUGGUGAACAAUCUUAGAAACGCAGGGAAGCUUUUAGAGGCUCACGAGGUAGUCAAGGACAUGGUGGAGAGAGGGCAUUAUGUUCAUCUAAUUUCCAAGCUGAAAAAAUAUAGAAGAUCCUAGUUCUCUAUAUUUUGUUUUGUUUCAAAAGGCAAUUUUGUGGUGUGGAUUAAACAAAUAUAUAGCUGUUCUCGUUUUA